AUGACGAUCGUUAACCUCGAUCCAACGAAUUUAGAGUUUUCCGUGUUCACGACGGAAGAUAUACGAAAAAUCAGCGUGAUGAAGGUGACACAGGCACGCUCGUUCGAUGACAUGGGCAACGCGACCAUUGGGGGGCUUUAUGAUCCCGCCCUAGGCCCAUGCGGGUUUGGCGAAAUCUGUACCACUUGUGCUCGCGAUAUUAACAUGUGCGAAGGACACUUUGGCCACAUCGAACUCGACCUGAUCGUGUACAAUCCGUUCUUCCAACGUACGGUAGUCAACAUACUCAGCAUCAGUUGCAUGUCGUGUGCACGCUUGCAGAUGACUGAUGGAGUAAAAUCGUUACUUGAGCUACAGCUACGUCUAGCCGAUGCGGGCUACAUCGUCGAAGCGGAAGAGAUCGACGUGUACAAGACGAAACUGCAAGCCAACGUGAAUGAACCAAUCCCGGAGGCGGUAACUUACUACGAGGAUUUAUUGCGAAAGGAACCUUACAACAAGCUGGGCGAUACGAAGCUGUCCAGCACCAUCCGGGCGGCAAUAGUGAGCUGCUCACUUACACGGGAAUCAAAAAAAUGCAAACACUGCCUCAAGUCCUUGCAAAACGUAACAACAACGGACAAAAAGAUUAUGAUGCGAUGGACGCAGUCGGACAAAAAAGCGUUCUAUACGAACAAGGGAAUCGAUGAUCCCACCGAUCAGCAAAUAAAAGGAUCCGCUACAGUUGUGCUUGCGCACGAUAGUCUGCAGUUUCUGCGGAAGUUGUACGCGAAUGAUGGUUCACUACUAAAGCUACUGUUUCCGGUGCUGUGCAAGAAAAAAGACGAUCCAACCGAUAUUUUCUUCAUGGAAGUUGUACCCGUGACUCCGACGAAAACGCGCCCCGUUCGACGUACGAAUCAAACUUCCGGACGUAUCAUGAUGUUGGAACACGCGCAAACAGUGCAGCUGCGAAACAUUCUGCUUGCGAACUCUACCGUGCGUGCCGUGCUGAUUGCUGGCGAAGGAAAUAUUCCACCGAACAUGUCGGAAACGGUGUUCAAUCAAAUGAAAUCCGUUUGCCAGUACUCCAAGGGCGAUACGUUGCAGGAGAAAAUUUACAACGCCUGGCUGCAGCUGCAGACGAAUGUCGACCAGCUGCUGGAUGUGGAGAAACUUACUGUCGGAAGCAAGCAGGCAAUUACGUUCGGUUUGAAGCAGCUGAUUGAGAAGAAGAGCGGGCUAAUACGCAUGAACAUGAUGGGCAAGCGGGUGAACCAUGCGGCCCGUACUGUAAUCACACCCGAUCCGUACAUCGGUAUAGAGGAGAUCGGCAUACCGACCCGUUUCGCGAAGAAGCUUAGCUAUCCCGUUCCCGUCACACCCUGGAACGUGACCGAGCUGCGCCGCUUGGUAUUGAAUGGGCCGGACGUUUACCCGGGCGCAAACAUGAUCGAAGAUGCAAACGGUCGGGUAAGCAAAAUAUCGGCCACCAACGUGACGCAGCGGGAAUCGAUCGCCAAAACGCUGCUUACACCGCAUGAAACUGGUGGCAAUUUGGCAGCAGCCGAUUCGAUCAAAAUCGUCCAUCGGCAUCUGCAGAACGGGGACGUGAUGUUACUCAACCGGCAGCCUACACUGCAUCGACCGAGUAUAAUGGCGCACCGGGCAAAGAUCCUCGGUGGGGAGAAAAUUUUCCGCCUGCACUACUCGAACUGCAAAUCGUACAAUGCCGAUUUCGAUGGUGACGAAAUGAACGCCCAUUUACCCCAGAAUGAGGUGGCACGGGCUGAAGCGUGCGGUCUAGUGGCUGUACCGUAUCAUUAUCUCGUCCCAAAGGACGGUACACCACUGGGCGGUUUGAUUCAGGAUCACAUCGUGUCGGCUGUGAAGCUUUUUAUUCGCGGCAAAUUUUUCAAUCGUGAGGAUUAUCAGCAGCUGGUGUUUCAAGCGCUAAGCAACAAGAAAGGAAAUAUCGAACUGCUGCCCCCAUCGAUCCUGAAACCGGUGCAUCUGUGGUCCGGAAAGCAAAUCAUUUCAACCAUCAUCAAGAACAGUACACCGAAGGGAAUGCCCUACAUCAAUAUGAUUGGAAAAUCGAAGCUUACCAGCAAGCAUUGGCGAGUACUGCCCGCACGUGACUGGCAGUACGGCGGUACACCGCUCGAGGAAAACGAACUCUCCGAAUCGGAAGUGUUCAUCCGGCAGGGUGAACUGCUGUGCGGUAUACUUGACAAAAAUCAUUUUGGCGCUACACCGUACGGUUUAAUUCACUGCAUGUACGAACUGUAUGGUGGCGUUUGUUCCACCACGCUGCUUUCAUCGCUGUCACGACUCUUCACUUACUACCUUCAGUGGGAGGGAUUCACUCUCGGUGUGCGGGACAUUUUGGUGCGUGCGAAGGCGGAUAGAAAGCGUACGAAAAUUAUACGCGAAUGUCGCAAACACGCAGGACACGAAGCGGCCGCCGCUGCGCUCGAGCUACCGCCAACCGUUUCGCGCGAAGUGCUUGCCAAACGCAUGCAGGAAGCGUACGCGAAGAAUCCAAAAUUUCGUUCCAUACUCGAUCGCAAGUACAAAACAGCGCUCGAUACGUACACAAAUCAGAUUAAUAAUGCGUGCCUUCCGGAAGGUUUGAUCAGCAAGUUUCCGGAGAACAAUCUGCAGCUUAUGGUACAGUCCGGUGCAAAGGGUUCGACCGUUAACACGAUGCAAAUCUCCUGCCUGCUCGGACAGAUCGAGCUGGAAGGAAAGCGUCCACCGCUUAUGCUGUCGGGGCGUUCUUUGCCGAGCUUUGCUGAGUUUGAAACCUCGCCCAAGUCGGGUGGAUUUAUCGAUGGGCGCUUUAUGACCGGCAUACAGCCGCAGGAUUUUUUCUUCCACUGUAUGGCAGGUCGCGAAGGUUUGAUCGAUACGGCCGUCAAGACUAGCCGUUCGGGUUAUUUGCAGCGCUGUUUGGUGAAGCAUCUGGAGGGACUUUCGGUGCACUACGAUAUGACGGUCCGGGAUAGCGAUGGAAGUGUGAUACAGUUCAUGUACGGUGAGGACGGUAUGGAUAUUGGCAAAACGCAGUUCAUCGCGAAUGAAAAGCAAACCCGCUUUCUCGACAUGAAUCGUGACGCGAUCGUCCGGCCCGAUGUGCUGAAACGCUUGAAAACGGUAAACGAUGAGGAUCCGCUUAACGAGGCGUUAAAAAAGCACGUUAAGAAAUUGAAACGCUGGAACAAACAGAACGGUGACAGCAAUCCGACGGUGCAGAAAUGUCGCUCUUCCCCUUUUGCGCUAUUUUCAGCCGAAAACGCGGAAGCAGUCCGGGCCGAACUAGCGAAUGCGGAUCAGGUGAAAAAAUCUGGCCGCACAAAGCUGACGGCAAAGUUGCUGAAACAGUGGAAAAAGCUCGAUCCGGCAGCAAAGCGUGAGUACGCGAAACGAACGGCCCAUUGUCCCGAUCCCGUGGCGGCUGUGUUUACUCCCGAUGCACACUUUGGUGUGCUGUCAGAAAAGCUCGACGCUUUGAUGCGUAAGUACAAGCGCACGCAAAACCCGAUCCACAACAUCGAGGAGUUACUGCAGGUAAAGGGAGGCGAAUCGUUGGCUGCCCCAGGCGAACCGGUCGGUGUGUUGGCGGCUCAGUCGAUCGGUGAACCGUCGACACAGAUGACACUGAAUACGUUCCACUUUGCCGGUCGCGGUGAAAUGAACGUAACGCUCGGUAUUCCGCGUUUGCGUGAAAUUCUAAUGUACGGAUCGUCAAACAUUAAGACACCGACGAUGGAAAUACCGUUUCUACCGCACCGCAAGCCGGAACGGUUGAAAGCGGUUGCGGAAAAGCUGCGCAAAUCACUGAAUCGCGUUACGGUGGCCGAUGUGCUGGAGAAUAUUAAUGUCAAGUCGAAAUUGGCAGUAAAUCCUAUGCGCGUUAUGAUUUAUACGAUUCGUUUUAACUUCCUUCCGCCGGACGCGUACGAUCAGGACUAUUGCGUUACACCGGCGACAAUCAUACGUCAUAUGUCGCGUAAAUUCUUCCGCGCGAUGUUUAGCGCGAUUAAAAAAGCGGAAAAAGUGAAGAAUGAUUUAAUCGAAAUUGAGGCUGAUGCAGGCAAGUCCCGCAAAGGAAAAUAUGAUAAAAAUGUGGAGGACGAAGCACUAGAUGCGAAAGAACCAUCCAAACAUGAUAAGCAAGAUAAAGGUGUUUACUCUGACAGUGACAGCGACUCGGAUGAUGGUUCACCUGGUGCGGAUGCCGACGCAUCGGAGGCGAAAAUUAAGGGCAAAAAAACCGACGACCAUGGUUACGAUGAUGAAAAGGAUGAGAACAGCUCCAAUUCCGGUACCAGUGACGAGGAGGAGGAAGGCGACGAAACAAAGGAUGGGAAUUCGUCAGUCAACCAACAAGACAUGGAUCAGUCUACGUCAAGAGCAUCGCAAGGGGUUGACGAAGCGCUCAUUGAAGAUUAUGAGAAGGAGCAGGAGAAAAUGGAACAAGAGCUGGAACAGAUGGGAUCCAGCAACGGAAAUGUCAAUGAGCUGGAAGAGGCAACGUAUUUGAAGCAGCUGGACGAUAAACAAGUUAACAUGUACCAGAUCGAUCGCGUUAAUUAUCGCUGGUGUCAGGUCGUACUGCAUAUGCCCUUAAAGCUAAAGGAAAUCGAUUUCAUUAAGCUGUUUCGCGAGGUGGCCGACAAAUCCGUCAUAUGGGAGGUACCGCAAAUCAAGCGUGCCAUCACGUACAUGCAGAACGAUCAGCUGUACUUGAAAACCGAAGGCACAAACAUGUCCGCAAUGACGGCACACGCCAAGGUGCUAGAUCUGAAUCGGCUCUACACCAACGACAUUAACGCGAUGGCAAGGCGGUACGGCAUUGAAGCAGCUGCGCGCGUGGCAGUGAAGGAAAUACAGAACGUGUUCGGCGUGUACGGUAUUACGGUCGAUCCCCGGCAUUUGCUGCUGGUGGUCGAUUAUAUGACUGCGGGCGGUAAGUUCCAGGCAAUGAACCGUGGGGCGAUGGAUUAUUCCGCCUCGCCGUUGCAACAAAUUUCGUUUGAAUCGUCACUCAAAUACCUCAAGGAUGCGUUGACGAAGGGAAAGAAUGAUCCUUUGGAAUCGCCCUCUUCAAGGUUGAUCGUGGGCCAACCGUGUAAGGUUGGUACGGGUGCAUUUACGUUGUAUUCGUCCGCACUGCAGGAUUAUAUCGACACGAAAAAGGCUUAA